AGGCAAUACAGCCAGCAUCUUGAGCAAAAGCUCGUUCCCAUCUCGAUCAUCAACGCACAGAGCGUUGAUUGCUCGCUCAUGGUGUUGUCUCCGCUUCUGUCACGACCGCUGAUCAGUUGGUACAGCCACCGAAUAUACAGUGCCAACGAAGCUGCAAACCUUGUAGACAUGCAACUGCGGUGUUGUUCAGUACGGCGGCCUGCUAUGCCCCAGAAGCAACUUUCCUGUGAAAGCCAAAGCCAGGCAUUACAAGAUUCGCAACCACUCUUAGCGGUCGGCAGUCUUACAUUAUGAAGAUGGUAUAGGCGCUCCGACUCCUUCCUUCUCGACCGAGAAUGAGAGCGCCUGGCUCCUACGAAUGCAUACGUGAUUGCCUGCCAAUGGUUGGCUGUCAACGUGGAGAGUAGGUACAUGUACCUCGCCCGUAUAGUGCUCCUGGCCGGAGAAACCUGAGGGUCGUCACACUCACGUGCUCAGGCAUUGACACUUCCAUCGGUUGGUGCUGCUUGUUCAAGUUGCUUGCGUGGCAGAGGGCAACAAAACAAGAAAAAAGGAAUUGUUGUACAGCACACGCUAAAACUACAUACAUUGUAUACUCUUUUCAGUCUUAACGCGUCACCCCCACCUACCACUACAGGUACCUGUACUCACCUACAUGUACCUAGGUACUGUAACCUUACCUUAGGUACAGUAGGACCAACGACGACAUCAAAUGUGGUAAUUGACGAAUGCCCCAUCUCGUUCCGACUUUCCCCAUUUCCGCUUCUGCUCUCCACGCCAGGCGCUAACAUCGUGAGGUCGAUGGCGUCCGCACUCAAGUCCAAGGUCGCCGGUCUCGCCAGCUCGGCCAGUUCCAGCGCAGCGACACGCGAGGAAACGGAACAAUACAAGCUCGUGGUGACUGCAGGACCCUCCUACGACCAAAGCCAACAUCAAGUCGUCCAGGUCAACACGGGCGAGGCGACAUACGUCGAGAAUGAAUUCCUCCGAGCCAAGAUUAAUGUUCGUGUCAGAGGCUUUCGUGGACUUCCUUCCUCUUCGCCUUCAACAUCAGACUACUUCGAUACUCCCCUGCACGAAAAAGAUCAAUACUCCCUCGGCUUCUCCUUCGUGCCCAAGCAAGAUCUGACGAGUGUGGAUACCGUGUGGGGCAACGACCUGGACCAUCCCAUCCGUGAUAGACUGCCACCCGGUUUCAAUACAGCCUUCCGCAUCGUCAAAGAGUUCAUCGAUCCCGGUCUCGCGUGUGACGUGUACGCGGACGAGCCAUGGCUGUACGGCCCAUCACUAUCGUGCUGGUUCGCACUGCGUAUUGGCGACGAGUAUGCAGAUGACGCAGAUUUCCCCGCGCCGGGCGCCUUCACUGACGGCGCUGAUGGGAGCGGAAAAACGAUGCGAGACGAGAUCGGGAUGCCAGAAGACAACGAGAAGCGCAGGAAGUUAUUCUUGAGUGCAGAGAAUCGGCAAAGAAUGGUCUUCAAGAAGGGGAGAUUGUACCAAGGUGACUUCUACAAUCCGUAUCUCGACUUUGCAAAUUUUGCUCUCAAACUGCCUGGCUUCAGUCUCAAAGUCAUCAAGUACAUUGGAGAGAAGACGCAUUGCUUGCGAUAUGUAUUCAAGGACCGAGUGACGGGGAACGUGUACUUUAAUGUGAAUUUCACGCUACUAUGGGGUGACAAGCUCCGGCAAGCUUUGGAGAAUGAUGGAGGAGUUCGAAAUCAUCAUGAUCACCAACAGGGAGAGCAGCAAGAAGCUUCCGCGGUAUAUGGGGAAUGCAAUGGUAGACCUCGUUCAGAACCCGUGAACGAGGCUACCGAACAGGAGGAGGACAGACAGAGCCGCAACAACAAACAAAUGACAUCGGGGUCAGCCAGCAAACAACAAACGCAAAACCAGGCCGUGAAUAAUCGGGAAGACGAAUCUUCUUCACCUCCAGAAAAGAUGCAACUUCACCCUGGCGAUCACGACGCCAUAGCGAAUUCCCGUGUGAAAAUCAGUGCUUCUUCAACAGACGAUGGCAUCGAUGAAAUCGACCGACUGCUGCGAGAGACGUCGACGAACCAAAAGCGUCAAGGACGAGUACUAGGCGAUGAUCCACGCCCAUGA